UUUUUUUGGGGCUAGACGGAGAUUGACCCUCGAGUACAAUAAGGCAAAAGGCAGAAGGGAGUUUGACUGCAAGAUCCAAUAUAUAAGAUGAAGAGGGAAAGAGGUAAUAAGAAGAUAGGAAAUAAUUAUGGGGAGAUGAAAAAGGUCAAAAGGGUUGUUGAGAAACAAAGUGAAGAGGUGAAAAUAGAGGAAGAACAUAGGGAAAAUAAUGGUGGAGGAGAUGUUGUGAAGGAGGUGGAGUUGAUGGGUGAGUGUGAUAAUUGGAUUAAUGAAUGGCUUUGUUCAUGGAGUAAUGAUAAUGUUGUUGUGGAUGAGCAAAUGUCAUGGGGAACAUGUUGGUCACCUGUUUGGGACAUGGAGUUCUUGGGAGAAGCUUAUAUUAACUUGUACAAUGAUGUUUUGUGGGAUGAUGAUGUUUGGGAUUUAAAAGCCAUCAAGGAAGUUCCAAGUUAAUAGAAAAAAGAGACAUAUUUGUAUUUUGAUCUUUGUAAGUGUAGUUUUUCUUUUUUUACGAAUCGGAGUUAUAAAAAGUUGAAUCUUAGUGGAUCAUGAUAACUUAUGUUGCUCAAGACUUUUCAAGAAUCUUGUCGUGUGUGUGAGAUUUUUCAAAAUCUAGCAAUGUAAAAUUUUAGAGGAUCUAACACGAAUACAAUGACAUUCUUGAAAAGUCUAAGCAACAACAUUAAGACCGGUAUCGUCACUUACAAUAUCAUAUCUAAAGUUUAGUUGCAAUAAGUACUUGAAAAUGCACAUGUACAGAUGAACAAUGUUUUAUGAUUACUCUAACUAUGAAUAAUUAGCAGUCUGAGAAUUUUUUU